AGUUUCAGAAUGUCAGACCAUGUUAUCCUCAGUGUUUUAAAAUAAAAGCGUUGACAGAAUGUAAUCAAUGUUGAUCUGUAAUCAUUGAUUGCUCGAUGUAAAUAGAGACGGAGACAAACACCGUGAGAUAUGAAAUCGAAAGGGGCACAGGAGGAUACAGCGCAGUUUGCCAGGAUCUGUGAUUUGUCGAAGUGCACAAGGAUAAAAACUUGUUUCGUAUGUUUUGAACAUCUGUUCGCCUUUCCAGUGUGGAAAGUCAGGAAAAUCAUAGUAUUUUGAUUGUCUAUGGCAAAUCUCGUCAGGCUGUAUAAUUUGUGAAACUUCAACAUCCGUUUUCUCAUAUCAUUUAAUCGUGAUAAGCUGGUGAAAAUGACAUUUUAACAGUCUCUGAGUGGAUAAUAGGGGAACGAUGCUCCAGAAUAAUUCUGGAUUAAAAUGCCAAAUCUCGUCUGCUCCCUUAGAACGUCUGCUGCACUAGAGGGUAAUGGCAGGGAACAUCGAACUUCAAAACAGAGGAGAUUACUGUGAAUAUUCCCCUUUGGCGGUCUCCGACAGCUCGGCUCUGACCGACACGGAGUCGCCGGAAGUGUCACCCUCCAUAACAAAGAAAAUGAGGAAGUCAACAUCAAAAGACAAUUCGAACACGGACGAAAUUGAAAUUGUGCAUAUAAACUCCUUAAAUUCUGAAACAGAUGAUUCGAAGGAUUUUGGUAAUGUGAAACAGAGGCCAAAAACAAUUGAAAAAAACCCACGAGACCCCUCGAACCGGAAGAGCAUGCGGUAUUUCGUCCGACGACGCCUCAGCAGUUUUCAUGAACAGAUUCCUGUCAAAAUACAAAAUUUUGUCCUGAAGUACAUACUGUUUGCCUUUAAUUUUUUGUCAUGGUUAGGCGGACUUGGGGCAGUAGGCGUGGGCACGUGGCGACUGACAGACGACGAGAAGGUCAUCACGGACGCUGUGGACUUUGUCCUUGACCCAUUUAUCAUUCUGUGCAUCAUUGGAGCUAUCACGUUCAUCAUUGCCUUUCUUGGUUGUGUUGGUGCUAUUAGGGAACACAGUCUGAUGCUUAAAUCCUUUUACAUAUGUCUUUCAAUCGUACUGGUGAUAGAAUUGGCCUGUGCGAUCUUAGUCAUCGUGUGCUAUACUGAACCAGCGGCCAGGGACUUCUUACGCCUUACCCCUGAAACACUGCUGAAACGCGCCAUCGUUCAGUAUAUGGAGGAUAGGAGUAUUAGAAAUCUCAUGGACACCAUUCAACGACAGUUUAACUGUUGCGGUAUCAGUACCACAGAUGAAGGAUACAAAGACUGGCGUCUAAACAUGUACUACAACUGCACGGAAGAGAACCAGAGCAUAUUUCGGUGCGCCGUGCCCGAGUCCUGUUGUAUAUAUUACCCGGGUGAACGAAUGAACGCAAUGUGUGGUUUUGGGAAAACAGACAAGAAACUAAAAGAGGUUCAAACCUGGAUCUACACUCGUGGUUGUGCUAAGGGGUUUGGAGAGUGGUUGGCUGAACACGAGCACAUGAUUCUUCUCACCGUCUGUGUUGUUAUGUUUAUGCAAUUGCUUGGAGUAGUAUUCGCCAGAAUUUUCACAAAGAGAGUAGAGAGGCGGAUCCAAUGGCAGAACUUGCAAUGUGAGACGUCGGAGAGCUAAUUGGCGCUACAAGGAUCAAUGAGGAGUCGUGUACAGAUUAUUGCCGUCAUCAGCUCCAUUGUAUAUUUCUUGACUCGUACCGAAGCAAUUUUCCCCAAUAAUAUGCGCAGUAGCGAUACAUGUAUUGGCGAGCAAACACAUAAACGUCUAUUUAUGCACUACAGCAGCGCUGUGAAGAAAAUAUAUCAUACUGUGGAAUCAGUAGAAUUCGUGGUGGCUCAAUUUUCGUGGAAUUCGUGGGUACCCCUUACCCACGAAUUUACAUCCUCAACGAAUAAAGACAAAGCAGACAUUCCAGAAUUAUCUUUCUUACAAAUAUAUAAAACCACGAAAUUACGUCCCCACGAACCCGUAAAAAUUUAGCAAUCCUCGAAAACUGGCCCCCACGAAUUUAAACGAUUCUACAUUACCUGUUUAAAAUAGGUUAUAUGGAAAACUAUGUUUUGUAUAUAUUUUUAAUAAAUGGGAAAAUAUA